AUGGCCGCGUCGUCUGAAAAGUCCACGCAGGAAUCUAAACCUGCCGAUCCGCCAGCAGUGUCCAGUAAUGCGUCAGCCAGGCUUGAAAAAACCCAUCCUGGAGUCCGUCGUUCGACGCCCGAUUCGGAAGCUUUGGCAUCUUCAGAUGACGACGUAGAACACUCGCAUCUGCCGUCAACAUCUGUACCUGUUUCUGCACCCAAACCUACUCGCCGUACUUCAUGGCUGAACGAGAUUCCCCUCAAUAUGCCCCGAAAGCCCCGCAACCGAUCACACCGGAUGGCCUUCGGGGUCAAGCCCUGGAUUGGGCAGCCAAUGAACUGGAACCACGUCGGAAACAACUCGUUCACAUGGGGCACAGGCAUUUGGAAUUCCGAAUCCAGAAAAGAGCCGCCACCCCGACUCUCAGAGAUUGUCCCGUCGCCUACGAUGUCUAAUGCAGUCGGCGAUCCCGUUCUCUAUCCCGCUUCACCCACGCCCAAGACCUAUCGCUCGCAGUCAUACUCCGUGGGACAGAUGGAUCCAGAAUACUUGAACACGAUGGCCAAUAAGUCGGCGGCGCCGUAUCCAGGUGGGCGGGCUCGGAAUGCUGGACAGUACUCCGCGCUGCAACACCGAUCGUCUCGGCCAAGCCUCCUUGGAGAACUUGGUCAUGACCCUGCCACUCUCGGUCGUGUUCGUGAAGAUGAUGACGAUGGCGGUAGCGGUAACAGUUCCGACGGUAGUCUCAACGCCUAUUCGGCGAAUCAGGCGCGCACAAUUGAGCAACUCUCGCGGGAGAAUGCAAUUCUGCGCCAGGCUGCAGGUCAACUGGAUAACAGACUUAGAGAUCGCGCCAUGUCUUCUGCGUCCACUGCCAGUGGAUAUGCAGUUGGUAGCAACUUGCGCAACCUCCAUCGGAUUCGUGGAACCGUCCCGGAGGAGACGGACCUUGCUGUGGAGGAUCUCGACGAAGUGGGCGACAUACCCGGUUAUAGCAACAUUCACAGCAGUCUGCGUAGAAGGUUUUCCGAGCAUUCGGGGAACCUCGAGAAGCAGCUGCCUUCCACUCUCACCCCGCUUGAGAACCGUGCGCUGGAAAAUAUUCGUAAGGCCAAUUGGCAGACUUCCCUUGGAUUUGGCAGCCUCGCCGAUAUUCCUCAGAGCAGGCGACACUCUUUCGCAGACAUUCCCAUUCGGCACGCUUCUAUUUCUGGCGACUCUCAAGCAGCGGCCACCUCCCGGGCUGGAUUGGGAGAUCGGGAAGACCGUCUUGUCAAUAUCAGUGAUGGUUCCCUUUCAAAUGCCCAGAGCCAGAAUCGUGAGUAUCACCGUUUGCAUGUGGCUUCUCGUCCCGAGGAACAUGAAAUGGAAAUGGAAUAUUUACGAGCUCGUCAAUUUGCAGAAUCCUACUUUGCUCGCGACCAAGCUCUUCGUGCUGCCGAAGGACCCUCUGCAGUUCCUACUUCGCUUCACCAGGCUUAUACGAUGCCGAACGCUUACGGCCGCCACCAGUCUGGUCUUGCACAUGGCCAUCAGAAUCAGCUUCUGUAUAUCGUGACUUUCAAGUGCCACCGUGCCGACGUUUUCUACAUUCAAGAAGACACUGGCUUGCAGGUGAAACCCGGUGACUUGGUUAUUGUUGAAGCGGAUCGUGGCACGGAUUUAGGCACUAUCCAGCAUGCGAAUGUAUCCUUGCAGAGAGCCCGGGAGCUGAAACAGCAGUAUGCAGAGGAACACUACAAAUGGCUGAUGAUGUUCUCUCGGCAAGGCCAGAACGGAACCGCGAACGUGACUGGGAGUGUUCCAGCCCUGAGCGGAAGAAGCACUAUCGGCGGCAUGGGUCCUCAUGGUCCGCAUGGUGUGCAGGAUUUAGCAGGAGAUAUCAAGCCUAAGCUCAUCAAGAGACUUGCGCAGAACCACGAGAUCCUGACGCUCCGCGACAAAGAGGGCAACGAGGCGAAAGCAAAGCGGGUCUGCCAGCAGAAAGUCGCCGAGCACAGACUCAACAUGGAGAUUCUUGAUGCCGAAUUUCAAAUGGAUUGGAAGAAACUCACUUUCUACUACUUUGCGGAUUCGUACAUCAACUUCAACUCUCUUGUGACUGAUCUUUUCAAGAUCUACAAGACCAGGAUCUGGAUGUCGGCAAUUAACCCAGCAUCCUUUGUGACUCCGCCAACUGCUGGUUUACCACCUCCGGGAGGUGUUGGAAAUGGCGACGGCCGAGUGUACGGCGCAGCUCGAGACGGCAUGGAUGUUGGCAGAGACACGGUGGGCAAUAAGGUCGGGCCCUUGCGCAGCACCUACACAGAUCCUUAUCAGCCUUUCCCUCAUGGUGCCCGACAGCCUGAUUCCGGCCUUGGUGAACUCGCACCCAGUGCCGAUCCCUUCUCUGCAUACCCGCCAAACGCUUAUGGUGGGACCUUGGACACUGGCUAUAUCGACUAUGCCGCGCAUAGCCCUGGCGUGGGCGGUGGUCCGUCUCGAGUUCAUAAUGCGCCAAAUGACUGGACCACCCGGUUCCAGGGCCUGUCACUUGGAUCUUGA